AUGGAAGCGUCGACGCAGAUCUAUACCGGCUCCCCGGACCUCGGGACAGAAACUCCUGCGACCGAGGAGGACCCGAGCUCCUUUCGGCGUGCCAAUGACAAAACUGCGUCGGAGUUCCGCGGCAGACUAAUCGGGCCACACCAGAACGAUCCUCAUCAGAGCCGUCCCACGAACCGCCUUACUAGUGCUGCAUCGGGGCGCGUAAACCCUGAUGUGGUGAGAGGAAAGCAAAAUGCGGGUUGCACGAGGGUCGAAGGCCAUUAUAACCCUAUCGAUAAGUCACCAAUUCUGGUUGCGAUGCGCGCUACCGAUGAGGACAUCGGUAAGGUAAAGGGCGUCGAUGUAUUGGGGCCAACAUCACCCCUCUCUGCCUCAUUGCCGGUGAGCGGGCGUCCUAAUCGCAAACAUGGCCAGACCCAGCAGCAGGACCCCGUGACCGGGGACACGCUUGGAGUCAGGGGAGAGAUGCUAUCCGACACACGGGAUGAACAAGUGGAGCAGAAAGGGGGGGCAGCGUCGCUGGACGGUCAUCGCCAUGGGGUUGUUAUAGACCGCAAUGCAAGCAAGCCCACGGAUGAGGACAACGGGCAGGCCGCGCCAGAAGUAACGCUGCGGACAGCGUCAGAGGGCCAUGAUGUGCGACUACGUUCAAGUGCCACGGCAAGUAUGGGCCCAGUACCUCAGGCUAUGGCCUUUACAGUGCUAAUUCGAGGACCUGGUGGUACACACCAGAUGGCUAGCGUGCCUCUGCUUGCAUGCGCAUUGCCCAAUGUACCUCGUGCCGCGCGGGCUGCCGCCAGACUGCCAAACUUUGUAACGGCAAUCUCGUUCAUCGAUGUGGUAGAGCGGCUGCUACCCAUCCCCUCUACUAUCCGCCUACCCACGGAAGGUGCUAACGAUGCGAAGGAGGCAGCCAACAUGGGAUUACCGAUCAGAGCCCAGGCUCGGGUGGAUGCACUCGCUCGAGCUGUGACCAGGCUGCCGACUUUCGACACCGCCAUCACGUUCAUCGAUGUUGUUGAGCGACUGAUGCCAUCGCCUAGUGCAAAGCGCCAACGCACAGACAUUGAUGCGCCGUAG